UACUCGAGGCGACAACUCUUCUGCUAUACCUGUGUGCUGCCCGGCGGCCACCACCGGCGUCCGUAUGACGCGCUCCGUGGUGAGACCCGCUCACCUUGAAGGUCAGCCGGUGAGUGAGCGGGUGUUGCCACAAAGGGUACGGUCUACACCGAGUCAGUCACUCGCAGCAGCUCGGACCGACUGGACCACAAACGGAUCCAUGACCCCGACGCGGACGUUAGGCCAUCUCACCGGAAAAAAAUUUUCGAGCCCAGUUGCUCCAGAUGGCGCCCUUCGCGUUGCUGGCCCCGACCACCCUGGUCGUCUUCCUGCUGCCAGUCGCCAAGGCCUCCUGCCCGUGUCCGGCCCUCCUGCCCCCCGCCGCCAAGGAGGUAUGCGCCUCCGACCGGCGCACCUACGCCAGCAUGUGCCACUUGGAGUGCGCGGCGCUGCCCGGCCUGUCCCUGCUCUACUCCGGACCAUGUUCUUCUACCGAGAGAGUCAACUCUUUGCCGACCCAUGGGACCCCUGAACCUCCACGCCACCCGGCCACCAUGGAGGUGAAAAAGUUGAGGGACUGUUUCCAGGACCACCGGUGCGGCGCAGCGACCUGCAGCGAGUGCGCCGAGGGCGACGCGGCGUGCAGGGCCAUGUGCCAGAGGCGGUGCGAGUGCGGCUGCGGCGGCCGAGGCGGCGGCCUGCCCACGGGCGCGCCGCUGGACCAGGUCCUGUUCGACGAGUGCCGCAGGCAGAGGGGGUGUGGCAGUAAGAAGUACCUGGCGUGCGGGGUAAAGUGCCGCACGCAGGAGUGCGUCGACGAGUGCUGGCUCAGCUUGAGGGAGUGCGAGUGUGAGUGCGUACGAGAGGCCAGCGCCCAGCUCGGCAACAACACCUCGCCGGGCAGACAAAGCCCCAGCAUCGCCGCCACCCCAACCAGCCGUGGCGACGACACUUCGCCGAGCGCCCUGGUGGAUGGUGCGCUCGGCCGCCUCCUCAACGCCUCCCUGCUGACCAGAGGGACCAGCGGCCGCCGGCGCCGCUCGGCCACCGAGGAGCUGACGAGGUGGGGGAAUUGUAAAAGGGAACGACAGUGCGCCACGGUCACCUGCGGCGAGUGUGGCGGGGACGAUGCGGGCUGCAGGGCGAUGUGCUGGUGGAACUGCCAGUGCGGCUGCGGCGGCCAGCCGCGCGGUGGCAUGGACCACGAGCUGUGGAUGAAGUGCUGCGCGGACAGGGGCUGCUACGAGGAGCGGGAGGCGUGCGAGGCGGGCUGCAAAGGGCGGGAAUGGGCGUGCUGGGACCAGUGCUCCCUGGGCUCGCUGAGGUGCGCCUGCGAGUGCGUGCAGCAGGUCGGCAGCGCCGCGCCGAGCCCCCCGGCGGACGGCGGCAACGGUGGCCUGGCGUCCGGCGCGACCAGCGGUGACCAAGGACAGAAAGAAGGGACAGGCUUGUGAGGAGGAGCGCCGGCUGAGUCCGAGUGACGUGGCCCGGCGCUACACCUUUCCGUCCCCUCUGCCUGACCCGCUCGCCAGUGUUGCAAGUACGUAUUCACCCAGGUGGAAGGAUCUUUAGUUAGACUGUAGUUUGGACUGUAGCGUUCAAACUGCAGUCUUAAAACUGCAGUUGCAGAGGAGAGAAAAAAGGGAAAUGAGUACAGUAAUUACAUUAGUUUGGCAAUUGAGUUUCCAGAUAUUUUAUUAUGCUACUUUUUCUGUAGUUUUCCACACCAGUUUCGCACUGUACUUUUCAGACAGUUUUAAGACCAAUUUUUAUCGAGUUUCCGACAUAAGUAUGAAGUUGUCCUGAAAGUUGUAUUUGCAUCUGCAUUGAAACUAGUACACAAACUGUAAUUCUGACUAGAUGAUAAUAGAGAGUUUAAAUUUAA